AGGAUCAGAUUCCUCGUCUUCGCCUAACAUGUUGCGCGUACCAAACUGCUCCCAGGUCAGCCUCCUCUUUUCGCGCGCUGCCGGUGACCACGUGUCCCGGCCUGCCAGGUCUACCAUGUGGAGCGGCAAGAUGGCGUCGCAGUGGAGAUACAUAGACGAGGCUUUAAAUGCCGGUAACGUCGACUUUGCGAGCUCCGUCAAUCCGAGCCAGAUUGGACCAUACGGUGGUGACAUAGGCGGGGAGGACAUGGACCAACAGUCCUGUUUGGAUCACGCCAUCUUGGCCAUUUUUGAGGACUCCACUGUCUUAUCAGAGGACACAGAAAACGAGACCUUGCUCUCGGCAUUGACUCAAAUGUUAGACUGUGUGGAGGAUGACGUGGGCAGUGCCCUCUCUCCUUUUGACACUCUGCCAGACACCAAGCUUCUCACCUAUCAGCCAUGUGGGUUCAGGACGAAGGAUGAAGCGCCUUUCACUGACAAACUGAGAACAAGAUCAAAAUCCCCCAGUUUGAACCGAAUAACAAAGAGCGGCGCAGGCAAAGAAGAAAAGAAGGAAGUCGUCAGACUGCUCCCAGUAUCUCGACAACAAAGUCAGACAUUGUUUCCAGCUCAAAUUAAGAAAGCAGAUAAUGACGUGGAGGUCUUCACAUCCUCUUCCCUGGUCAACCUGGUAAAACUCAUGCACCCCUACUGCCUUGAACUGCAUGUGGAGGAGGAGGAAGUGGGAAAGGAGCCACAUAACGCAGCUGGACCAUCAACUUCGUCCAGGGACAAUAUGGAGAGGAAACACACAAUAUUUUCCCAGGAAGAAGUAUGGAAGUAUGAGAAGCCCACUGGAGACAGCGAUGAAGAUAUAAAUGUUGUGUCUGAUGAUGAGACACCCCUAGGAGGGACAAAGAAGGAUGUAAACCAAGACAGUCAAGCCCUGUUAAAAAGUACUCUGCUGAAUGGCAACUCUUCCAGACAUCUGUACCCCAGGGCAAAGAAAAACGUGAGCUUUGGUCCGGUUCAAGUAGUUUCAUUUGAUCAGUCUGUGGAAUCUCCAUUUAACCUGAACAAUCUCCCCAGUGUAACCACUGCAGAUAUAUUAAACGACUUUGAAGCAGUGCAAAGUCCAGCUGAUCCACAACCUGCGGAGUUAACUACAGAAGUCCCUAACAAGGCUGAAGAACCACUACUAAAAAGGGAAAUGAAAGCCAAAUCGCUAAGCCUCCAAGAGUACAGGCAGUUGCGGCAAAAAAAGCAGCCUCUGGUGGAGAAGCAGGGGAACAACACCACCAAGUGGCCUUCCCUUUCUGAACUCCCCAAAGAACUGACACCAAUUCUCUGUUCACAUGGACAGCGACAGAACCUAUGUGGGAUCAAGUCUAAACUUCAUCACCCGGACCUUCCCAGACUCCGCACUUCCCAACCCCAAAAAACUCACAAGACAUGUCACACACCUCACCCAGUAAAGAAGAUGACACAAUUUUCUGUAAGGUGUUGUGGAUUCAAUCCUCUACAAACUGAAAACUUAUCACCUCAAAGUCCACUUCCGGACAAGCUCACUGAAAUUCCUGGUAAUGGACCUGUAAGCAAAAACAGUCUAGUAAACAAUAGAACACUGUACACAACUGAUCCCCCAAACCCUGUAUUACUCCCCUUGUCUGUUACACACACACCAGCCUCAUCCAGUCAUCACUCACCACUUUCUAAUGUUGAAUUCACAGUCCCCACAAUACCAACAUUCCCUGUUGAUAGCAAGUUAAUUGAGACAACCACACCGUGCCCCAUUAUGCUUCAAAACAAAUCUAGUUCAGAGUGCAGGAAUCCACCAAGCAUCACUGUUCCAAAGAUUUGUCAGUUAACCAGUCCAGAUGCAUCAACUUGUAAAACCAUGCCAUCACACCACAGUCAGCCAGUCAAGAAUAAGUUACCUGAGGUUCCCGCUACAUGUUCUGCUCCUGAGGUACCGCUACCAUCACAGCAGCUUGCAAAUACAGAGACAAGUACUGCAGCUGAGUCAGGGAUUGAAGCCCCUGAUCUUACAAGUUUGUUGGAACAGUUUGAGGAAAAACAAGCUAAAGAGGAUGAGCCACUUCCUGAACUUAAACACACAGACAACACUGGAAAUACUGUUGAAGAUAAAUCUGUCAAAGAUGUGCACUUAAGAAUACCAAAAUCUGCCACGACUGUGCCAGUUCUCGAGAGAAAGUUGGAAAAUGUGAAAAUCCCUGAGCCCCUUGGCACUGAAGUCGUUCUCAGCACUCAGGACACUAGUGGAAAAGUAAGAUGGAGAACUUCUCCAUCCAAGGCCAUAAAGAUCAUUGAUCCGCGUCCUUUGCCAUGCAGGAGGACAAACAAUUCAGAGAUUUCUGCAUCUCCUCACACAUGUUCUUCAGUGACUUCAGAUCAUGACUACUGUAUGCCUACGCCUACGCCCACUCCUCUCAGGAAUAUUCCUAAAACCACUUACGACGUUAAGGAGACCAUCUCCUCUGUUGAUUACAAGGAAGCUUCCAUCAAGACGUUUGACACGGCCAUCAAGGCUGCUGGUGAGAAACAGCAGUCUUCCUCGUCCACACAUGCAGAUCCAUUGUAUGGAGGCGCUCCUUCUUGUACGCCACUGACACCUCCACCUAGCCCACCAAGCAGAGGACGAGAGAAGAGAAAGUACCGAAAAAGAUCGCCUCUCUUGCACAGCUCCCGUUCCUCUUCAUCAUCCUCCAGCUCAGCAUCCUGCUCCCCAAAAAGACAAAGGUUCGAUCACACGCGUUCAGGCAGAAGGUCUUGGUCGUCAUCCCCUUCUCCCUCCGUCUCUCGUUCACCGCCUCGUCCACACAAACUGUCUUCUGCACGGUUAAGAUGCAGCAGGUCAAGAUCCCGAUCAUGGUCUCGUUCCAGGUCUAGGUCUCCGUCUCCUUUCUCACGGACUUGUCUUAACAGCAGGAGAGACGUUUACAGAGUGUCCCACAAGCUAAAGAUGGAGAAGGAAGCAAGGAUUCAGAAGCUAAAAGCUAUUGAUGAGCGCAGAGUGGUGUACAUCGGCCGCAUCCGCAGAUCCAUGACUCACGAUGAACUCAGAGAGCGCUUCUCUCAGUUUGGAGAGGUGGAGUGUGUGUCGCUGCAUUUUAGAAAUAAAGGUGACCAUUAUGGCUUUGUCACAUUCUACAACAUGGAGGAUGCUUUCACAGCCAUUGAUAAUGGAGGAAAAUUAAGAAGGCCUGAUGAGCUGCCAUUUGACAUCUGCUUUGGUGGAAGAAGACAGUUUUGUAAUUCAAAUUAUGCAGAUCUAGAUGCAAGCGAGGAUACAGAGCUGUCUCCAGUUAACAGGUUCCAGGAGCUUGACUUUGAUUCAUUACUCAAACAAGCCCAAAGAGGACUGAGGUAGCAGAGCUGCAAGAAAAGAGAACAUCAUCAACCUCAAGAGAUUUUUGCUCGCAUUUAUGAAACAAACUUUUGUAUGUUUACUUUUUUAAUGUAUCAGCGCUUUUUGUACUUUACUCGUGAUGUUUAGCACUCAUCACAGCAUGAAAUAAUGGAAAAAAAUGAAAUUGUUUGUCUCACUCUCUGUCUGCCUGUCUUUCUCUCACUCUCACUCUCUCUCUCUCUCUCUCUCUCUCUCUCUCUGUUAUAUAUAUAUAU